AUGCAAAAUAAACUCAUAAGAAAAGCGACAUGGGAAGAUAUGUUUCGACAGCAUAGAAAUAAGAUAAGAAGUGCCAAGCCAAAAGUGGAUAACAAAGCACCCUCGCUUAAAGUAACAGCGUAUUAUAAGCCUGGAACUAUUGAGAGAAAUACGGCAAGGCUAGCGCAAAUAGAAGAGGACAAUUUUAAAUUAAUACAAAAUAUUAAUAUCAUUUAUCGUACGAAGGGUAAAACUGAUUGUUUUAGAUCAAAAUCAUUCUACAAAAUGAAAGUUAAAAGUAACGAUGUCAACAUGAUCAAAUUAAAUAAGAAAAUAUUUAAAGAAAACGUUGAGUUUCUAGAAAGACUUAAUCGCGUGAAGCCUCUAGUCGAUUUCAAUAAAAUGGAAGAACACUACAAAAAUCACCUUAAAUUAAUAAUGUUUAUGACAAAUUUUCCGGAAAGUUAUAAGAAGAAAGAAUUGUAUGAUCCGCUUAUUGUCACUACGGAAUUACCAAAAAUCAUUCAAAUUAAAAAAUCCAAGUGUUAUUUGGACGUUGAUAAUUUAACAGAGAAUAGGUCGCUAGGUCGUAUGACAAUCGAAGUGUACGACAGCAUUGUUCCCAAAACAGCUGAAAAUUUCAAAAUGUUGUGCAAGCAGCGGCCAGGUGAACUCGAUUACAAUGGAACGCAGAUCUUCCGCAUCGUACCGGGGCUAUUUUGUUUGGCAGGAGACGUCGAGUACUCGAUCGGACUCGGUGGUGUAUCAGCUAUAAAUGGUGAACAAUAUUUCGAUGACGAAAACUACGCACUCAGUCACAAUGCAGCCGGUACUUUAUCCAUGUACAAUUUAGAGAAAAACGAAAACGCUUCACAAUUUAUGAUCACGUUCAAACCACUGACGGUACUAAACGGUAGACAUGUCGUUUUUGGUAGAGUCGUUGGCGGAAUGAAAACGUUGAGACUCAUAGAGGAUUCGGGGUACGCGUCUGGUAAACCAAAACACAAAAUCGUGAUUAGUAAAUGUGGAAUAUUUAACAACUGUUAA